AUGAUGCCACCAGCGUCCCCACUUCUUCACACCUGCUCCUUCACACCUGCUCCCUCAUCCAACUCCCUCAUCCAACUCCCUCAUCCAACUCCCUCAUCCAACUUCCCUGCUUCCUCACACGUCCCGUCCUCCCUCUUUAUGACAAACCCUCCCAUCUUACCCCCUUCCCCCCUACUGGCAGGCACGGGAGGGGAGCGGCAGGGGGCGGAGGAGUGGCGGAGGGAGAGGGCGCGCGAGAUGGCAGUGAUGGCGGACCUGCAAGGGGACGCCCCACCCACCACCAUCCCGCUCACCAUCCAGGCACGUGGGGUGGAGCACGCAAGUGGCACGCUGCAUGACCCACGCAAGUACUUUGAUGCCGCCACACAGAGGGACACAGCACAGCAGCAGCCACCCGGACCGCGAGCGCCAGAUGCAAUGGAUCUGGACAGCCCUGCCCCCACCUCUGCCUCUGACUCAACGCCAGCUGGCGCACAUGCCACGUUGGCAGACUCGCUGGCAGCGUUUCGGAGUGAGCUGGCAGCGGCAGCAGGGGCGGGGGGAGGCAGCAGGGGGCAGGGGGGACGUGGUGGUGGAGGCAAGGGAGGCGCGACUGUGAUGGCGCCUGCUGCUGCUGCUCAUGAGGUGGAGGAGUUUGGGCGGCAGGUGGCGGUGGCAAGGCGGGGAGUGGGGGAGGCAGCGGAACAGUCACUCCUGAAGCAGCUGCCUGACGCCCUGCGCUCCGCCCUGCUCGCCCACGGAGAGGCAGUGAAGGAGCUGCUGUCACACUUCUGGGCCACCUACCCCAUCACCAGUGCUGCCCUGCUCGCCAAGGCGGAGCGGCACAAGGAGGGCAUCAGCAAGCUGUAUGACCGCCUGCAGAAGCUAAAGGACGGAGCAGACGGGGCCAACCGCCAUCUCCUUUCACAGCUGCUACAGCCCUUCUUCCAG